UUGUCCUCGAGCACCGCGUGGGAUGGUGCAGUCCACUUGAAAAGGUGCUGAUAAACAGUAUACGGAAGGUAGAUUUAAUUUCACAGGACGGUCAUCAUCGACAUCAGCGAUGAAAUCCAGUCUGUACCUUGCUGUUUUGGUAUGCUGCUGUCUGACUGAAAUUUCAAGCCAGGCCACCGACUGUGAAAGGGUUAAAGAAAACUGUAUUUCAGAUUCAAGUGGAUGCAGGGUAGCAUGGGAUUUACUGAAUUUCUGCAAUAUGAGAGCAGAAGUAGAAGAAGACAUCAAACUUCAAUGGGAAUCAAGUGCUCUUGCCAAAUCUGAGCAUGGAAGUUCCAGAUCCUGUUUGGAAAUGACGAUGCUCUGUAUCCAGGAUGAAAUAUGUAAUCGGCUGCUGGUGCCUCAGAUAAAAGCAUGUUCUGAAAAUCAAAAUAAGUGCAAUGCUACCCAGUGUCAGAGAGCAGUGCAGAAGUUUUAUGACAAUCUACCACCAAAGGUUGCAGGAAUGCUGGUCUUUUGUGAUUGUGGUCCUUCAGAUGAGCCUUGUCAACAAGUACUGGGCGUUCUUCAUGCUCGGUUAUGUUCAGGAGACAGAGAUCUACCCCCAACAUGUCUUGAAGUGAUAGACAAAUGCAUGGAAGAUACAUUUUGCAGGGAGAGAUACAAACUACUCCAGUCAAAGUGCUGGGGAGAUGGAGAUGGAUUAUGUCAUGAUGAUGAUAAUGAUGAAGACUGUUUAGUAGCUCCAGCUGAAGAGGGCACGGCAUGUACGAGAUAUAAGGAAUGUAGAGCAGCUUACAUUGGCACAAGGGGAACCUUCCUUCAAGUUCCUUGCAUUUGCAAUGGUUUGCAAAAUACAGAACAAUCAACAUGCAAACGGUUCCAAAACAUGCUUCGCCACAGGGCCUGCUACACUCAUGUUUCCUAUCCUACAAGUGCACAUAUUCCACCAUCCAGAGGUACUCUCGAGACAGAGUUCACAACAACAGGAUUUUAUUCUUUAUUUACUGGUACAGUGAUCUGCAUCAUUGCCUACAUCAUAAUUAUAAUACUGGUGUCUGGUGUUAUCAUGUUGAUUUUGCACAAAACAAGAGUCUGUAGAACAUCUGACAGAACCCGAUAUCUUCCACCUGUUGACACAAUUGAUUGUCCUGUGGUAUACUGAAGUAAUUGUUGAUUUGACUUAUGUUGACUAACCUUGUAAGUAAUUUUGUGUUAUGCAUUUGGUGCCAAUAUUUUAUUAUUCAUUAGUAAUUGUAUUUAAAUAUUGAAGCAUUAUUUAUAGAUCUGUCUCAGGAAUGUAAAAUCCUGUGCCAGUGGGGCUGCUUUUAAAUAUAAAAUGAAUGAUUCCUGUGCUUUUGAUUAAACAUUUGUAACUGCAUGUGUUUAAUGCAAUUGUUAAUAAAAAGUAAUAUAUGUUGUAAAUUUAGAUAUACUUGAAGAAAUAAAAACAUUAAAGUAAAUGGUAGGAACGUAUAGCUUGUUGCUGCCUCGUGUUCUGUUCAUCACAUUAAACGUCAUGAUCUAUGCCACACAUUGAAAGAAGACAUGCUUUACAGUAAGUAUGACUUCUUAACUUAAACUGAUAACUUUUAUUUGUAUACUUGCCAUAGAAGUUGUUGUCUGAAUCCAGUUUAUUUUGUAGUGUUAUAUCAUGCUAUCAAAGUAGGUAACCCUGUUUAUCAAUCACUAAUGAUCCUGCAUGCAGGACCCUGGAACUAGGAUACACAAAUGGUUGGUUGUCCAAUCGCUCAGGUUAAAGUCUGUUUCUCAAGACCAGUCAA